AAACACAAUCAGUUCUCUCUCUCUAGAAAAAAAAACAUUUCAAAUUUUGUUUCUCUCUCUAAAAAGAAACUGAACAAAACCGAUCAGUUCCAGAUUGCUGCAAGACAUAAACAAAUGUCGGACACUGUCCUAAGGAAGCUGAUCGUGGAGAUCUGCAACGCGAGGAACCUAAUGCCGAAAGACGGCCAAGGAACGGCGAGCGCCUACGCGAUCGUCGACUUCGACGGCCAGCGGCGGCGGACGAAGACCAAGUUCCGAGAUUUGAAUCCCCAGUGGGACGAGAAGCUCGAGUUCUUCGUGCACGACGUGGCGACCAUGGGGGAGGAGAUUCUCGAGAUCAAUCUGUGCAACGACAAGAAGACGGGGAAGCGGAGCACGUUUCUCGGGAAGGUUAAGAUCGCCGGAAACGCGUUCGCGGCGGCGGGGUCCGAGACUCUUGUUUAUUACCCGCUCGAGAAGAGGAGCGUCUUCUCUCAGAUCAAAGGUGAGAUCGGUUUAAAAGCGUAUUACGUUGACGAGAGUAUUCCGGCGGCGGCGGCGGCGGCGACUGAGGAGAAGCCUGCAGAAGGUCAGGCUGCUCCGGCGGCGGAAGAGAAGGCGGGGGAGAAGGAGAAGGAGAAAACAGAGGAGGGGAAGAAAGAAGCAGAGGCGGCGAAAACAGAGGAGAAACCGAAGGAAGAAGCUAAACCGGAGGAUAAACCGAAGGAGGAAGCUAAACCGGAGGAGAAGAAACCCGAUGCAGUAGCUCCGCCGGCUAAAGAAGCUGAGAAAAAGCCUCCGGAAGCCGCCGCAGCAGCUCCUCCUCCUCCGGCCGUACCGCAGAAGACAGAGACGGUGAUGCAAAAAGAGAUAGAAAUUAAACCGGAGAAUCUAAACCGGCAAGACUUAAUCGGAGCGGAUCUUGAUCUCCCUUCUCUAACCAGAGAUCAGAACCGUGGUGGCGGUUACGAUCUCGUCGAUCGAAUGCCGUUUCUAUACAUCCGCGUAGCCAAGGCGAAGCGAGCGAGCAACGACGGGAGCAAUCCGAUCUACGCCAAGCUAGUGAUCGGUACAACCGGUGUCAAAACCAGAUGCCAAACCGGUAAAGAUUGGGACCAAGUGUUCGCUUUCGAGAAAGAGAGCUUAAACUCGAGCUCCUUGGAAGUUUCGGUUUGGUCGGAAGAGAAAGUUGAGAAGGAAGACAAAACGGUGACGACUACGGAGAGUUGUUUAGGAACGGUGUCGUUUGAUCUUCAAGAGGUUCCUAAGCGUGUGCCUCCGGAUAGUCCUUUGGCUCCUCAAUGGUACACGUUGGAGUCUGAGAAGUCUCCGGGGAAUGACGUCAUGCUCGCUGUUUGGCUCGGGACUCAAGCUGAUGAAGCGUUUCAAGAGGCUUGGCAGUCGGACUCCGGCGGGUUGAUACCGGAGACCCGGUCCAAGGUUUACUUAUCUCCGAAGCUCUGGUAUUUAAGGCUAACGGUUAUACAAACCCAAGACUUGCAGCUAGGUUCGGGACCCGAACCUAAAGCGAAGAACCCCACCACUGAGCUGUAUGUGAAAGCUCAGCUUGGACCUCAAGUCUUCAAAACGGCCAAGACUUCCAUCGGACCGUCAGCUUCUUCGUCUGGAUCUGGUAACCCGACAUGGAACGAGGAUCUAGUUUUCGUAGCUUCUGAGCCGUUUGAGCCGUUCUUGAUAGUGUCUGUGGAAGAUAUAACGAAUGGUCAGUCCAUUGGUCAGACCAAGAUACACAUGGGGAGCGUCGAGAGGAGAAAUGAUGACCGGACCGAACCGAAAUCGAGGUGGUUUAAUCUCGCCGGAGACGAGAAUAAACCAUACUCUGGGAGGAUACAUGUGAAGGUUUGCCUCGAAGGCGGGUAUCAUGUGUUGGAUGAAGCAGCUCAUGUGACGAGUGAUGUUAGACCUUCCGCUAAACAGCUAGCCAAGCCACCUAUUGGGUUAUUGGAAGUGGGUGUUCGUGGAGCUACUAAUUUACUUCCGGUGAAAACAAGAGACGGUACGCGUGGUACUACUGAUGCUUAUGUUGUUGCAAAGUAUGGUCCGAAAUGGGUUCGGACUCGUACCAUCCUCGACCGGUUUAACCCGCGGUGGAACGAGCAGUACACAUGGGAUGUUUAUGAUCCGUGCACGGUCCUAACCAUUGGAGUAUUUGACAACGGACGAUACAAACGCGACGAAGCUGGGAAGCAAGGUAGAGACUUAAGGGUUGGGAAAAUCCGGAUACGCCUCUCUACUCUCGACAUGAACCGCGUCUACCUAAACUCCUACACCUUAACCGUAGUACUACCCAGCGGAGCCAAGAAGAUGGGAGAGAUAGAAAUUGCGGUUCGGUUUUCUUGUCCUUCCUGGCUAAGCAUUAUUCAAGCUUAUGUCACACCAAUGCUACCUAGGAUGCACUACGUCCGUCCACUCGGCCCAGCUCAACAAGACAUUCUGCGUCACACGGCUAUGCGUAUUGUAACUGCUCGCCUCGCCCGGUCUGAGCCGCCUUUGGGUCAAGAGGUGGUUCAGUACAUGCUUGACACGGACAAUCAUGUGUGGAGCAUGAGGAGAAGCAAAGCGAAUUGGUUCCGUGUCAUCACGUUCUUGUCACGUGCCGCUACUAUAGCCCGUUGGGUUCACGGGAUACGAACUUGGGUCCAUCCACCAACCACUGUCCUCGUUCACUUGCUUCUCGUGGCCAUCGUCUUGUGUCCGCAUUUAGUUCUACCAACUGUUUUCAUGUACGCGUUCUUGAUCCUAGCCUUGAGGUUCCGUUGCCGUGGCAGAUUCAAAGUCAGUAGCGUUGACACUCGUCUUUCCUGCGUUGACUCUGUUGCACCUGAUGAGCUAGACGAGGAGUUUGAUGGUUUUCCGGCGACUAGACCACCGGAGGUUGUUCGCAUAAGGUAUGACCGGUUAAGGGCAUUAGCCGGUCGAGCACAAACUUUACUAGGUGAUGUGGCGGCUCAAGGAGAGCGUGUUGAGGCGCUUUUCAACUGGAAGGACCCACGCGCCACAUGUAUAUUUGUGGUGUUCUGUCUUUUCGCGUCGUUCUUGUUCUACAUUGUGCCAUUCAAGAUCUUCGUUUUGGGGUUUGGUUUUUACUACAUCCGACACCCGAGGUUCAGGGACGAUAUGCCUUCAAUUCCGGCCAACUUUUUCCGUCGACUUCCUUCAAUGUCUGAUCAGAUCCUGUGAUUCAGACAAAGGGUGGUCCAGUAUUAAUCUUGUCUUUUGUUGUUUUAUCUAUUUCUUGUCAUGUAAUCCUCUGAAUAUUUAAUUAUUAUUAUUUUUUAUAUACCUUCA